UUGCCAUCGGUGCAGAUUUGUGUUGAAGAACAUUCGAGCGCGUGUCCUGUUAACAAGACCACCUACCACAAAACUCGCCUGAAGUAUUUCGCUUCACUGCAGAAUAGUUCUUCCGGUUGUCGGCUGGCUUCUAUUCUCGGUGCCAUUGACGCUUCUGCUUGCCGGCAUGAAGAGCGUGUGGCUCUGAUAUUGAGACGGGCAGAGCGGGUGGAAGUCGGGAGCGGAAAUCCACUGACGUACGCGCUUCCGGGCGCUUCGGCGCAGAAGCCCAUCCGGUGGGCGCCGAAGCGGUUGGCGCUGGGCGCGCGUGCACAGACGGCCAGUGCAGCUUGUGCUCGAGUGCCAGCCGCAGAUCGCGCUUCGAUCGGACGCAGCUUAUUUCUCUUUUUAACACUUCGUUAUGCACUGCAUGAGCCUGCAGUGAGCACAGGAACCACCAUGCUACUGGGAUGCGUGGAGGGUUGCCAUUGGUUGGCCACCAAUUUGCUUGUGACCCUUGUAAUCCUGCAUGUAGUGGCAUCAGAUUCAAGUAACUUCAAUUGUGUAGCUGGUCUGGACAGUGCUGGAGCAACUGUUCCAAAAGGUGACAUUGUUCUUCAAGUGGGGAGUUCUUUGGAAAUAUUCUGUAAUUUGAACCUAAGCCAUGAAGAUGCACAAGGGCAGAAUGCUAGUUCUUUGGUAUUUUAUCGAAAUGACAAGAAAGUAUCCUCAGAAUUUGUUGAAGUUAUUAAUGCAACAACCAUUCGGUUAUUCAAGGAGAAACCUCCUGCUUCUACAGACAUGUACUAUUGCAAACUUGAAGGCCCGAAGGAUUUAAUAGUUAAGCCUCAGGAAGUCAAGGACUUUAGUUGCAUAUCUCACAACUGGCAAAAUCUCACAUGUAGGUGGAUAAAACCUGAAAAUCCAAUUAAAACAACAUACAAGUUGCAUUUCUACCUUCCAGGCAGAGCAGGCAAGAGAUUGCUGUUUAAUUGUCCAGAAGAUAAUGAUAAAACUUCAGAAUUGAAGAAGAAAUUGCAGAAAAAUGAAGAAUUGUGUUUUUGGGAUUUAUACUCUGAACCACAUUAUCGGCAACCAUAUGAAUACUAUUAUUUUGAAAUGAGAGGAUCAAAUCCACUGGGAGAAAUAAAAUUUGAUCCAAUUAAAUUCCACCACUAUUCUCAUGUAAUUCCAUCGCCACCUGAAAAAUUAACGGUGGAAAAUACUACUCACAACAGCGCAUUUCUUACAUGGGAUGUACCAUUUCCCAUGCAGAUAUUUCCUCCUGGAGUGCAUACUCGCAUGGUGUAUCAAUCUACAUAUGAUAAUAAUGAAAGGUGGCAUGUGGCCAACACCAGUUACCUAUCUGAUCAUUUAGCGAAUCAAACAUAUCACUUAGCUCCUCUUAGUUAUGCAAAUACUUUGUAUGAUGUUCGUGUGUAUUUACGAUCUGCAUUUGCUGUUGGUGAUGACAAGUGGUCCCACUAUGCAUCAGUGACUUUUAAAACUCCACCAACAGUUCCUGGAGCUCCACCGGAAACAGUAAUUGGCAGCUUUGAGGUGAUUCCUGAUGCAGGCACUCGAGAUGUAUAUGUAUAUUGGCGCCAAGUUCCUCCUACCCUUCACAAUGGAGAUAAAUUUGAUUAUAAAGUUAUUUCUGUUAAAGAGAAUGGCAUAGAAAGAUAUUUAGAAUAUAAUCAUUCUUCUGCAUAUGCAAAAUUCAAAGGUUUAACCUACAAUACAUAUGAGUUUUCUAUAGUGUCAACAAAUAUUGUUGGAGAUUCAUUAACCAAAUCUGUGGUUCAUGUGCCAACUAAGGAAGACAUGCCAAAAGAACCAGUUUCCUUCACUAAAAUUGCAUUUCAUGAUGGCAUUUAUGAAUUAUCUUGGAAGGCUCCUUCGGAAUCUCCAAAUAUUGAAAGUUAUACGAUCUUCUGGUGUCUAAAUGGGCGAGAUCGACCUUAUCAGUGCAAUGGACUUUUGAAUUGGACAGUUGUUCCUGCUAAUGUUACAUUAAAAAAUAUUACAGUGCCUGAUGACUCUAAAAUAUAUCAAUUUGCUAUAUCUGCAAAUACCAAAAAUGCCAGUAGUGGUAUGGUAUGGGCUUCUUGUACAGUCAUUCACAACAAAGUUGUUGACAAAAUGAAGAGUGUUUGGAUUAAUCGCAUUGGUUCAACAUUCAUUGAAGUUGGAUGGAAAUUGGAAUGUUCAGAUCGGAUUGGUCGAGUUGAAGCCUUUGAGAUAGGUUUUUGUCCUAUUGUUUCACCUCGUGAGACUGCUUGUAAAGAACCUUUGCAAACCAUUAAACUUGAACCAUCUGAAAGACAAUUUCAUGGGAAUGUUACUGGUCUCCGUCCAUAUACUACAUAUAUGGUUAACAUUGCCAUUCUUACUAAUAAUGGCAAAGGCACACCCAGUGAUCCAUUGUUCAACACAACAAUGGAAGCAGCUCCUGAACCACCCACUAAUGUCACAGUGACGGAAGUUACCAAUUCAUCAAUGACUGUUCAUUGGAUACCUCCGGCUGCAAUGAAUGGUACAUACAGAUUUGUACAGAAAAGUGGAGACAAAGAAUGUCACUUCAUUUGUACUGGACAAUUUAACAAGCUUCACAAAAUACAAGAUUAGCGUUAUGGCAUGCACUGUAGAUUGUUCUGAGCGAUCUAUUCCUAUUGAAGUUAGAACAAGGAUUGGAAAUCCUGGAAAAUUGGAAACGCCUCAAGCAAAGUUCCUCAAUGAUUCCCAAGUGUUGGUUAAUUGGGGUUUCCCUAAGGAUGGCGAACGAGGUGGAAAACUUGAUUUUUAUGAAGUUCGUGUCCAGCAAUUUGAUGGUGCUGGAAACAGCACUCCUCAUGUGUUUAUAAGUACCGACAAUGUAUCUCAGAUACCUAUUCCUGAGUGUAGUAAAGAUCAUUCACGUGUGAAGUAUACAUUUUGGGUACGAGCAGUAAAUAGAGGAGAGAAGAAUGAAUCUUAUUAUGGACCCUGGAGCGAUCCUGGCGAGACAACCUGCUAUAGUUCAGGUCCAACUCUUGCGGUUAAGAUCACUAUAUAUGUUGUUGGUUUCCUUGUUGUCACUGCCCUGUGUAUUGCUGUUGCCUGUGUUGGGAAGAGAGUAUGGAAGUGCUGCAAGGAAAUGCAACAAGUAGAAGUGAAGCUUCCACCUGGCCUUGCUCCUGUUGGGGAUAAGGAAAAGGAUCAAGAUUAUCCUAUUGAUGUUACUUGGACAUCUGGUGAUCAUGACCACCAUCUUACGGGAAAAGUGCGAACUUCUGCAGAUGAAGAGCUGUUGCUCAAGAAGAAAGAGAAGAAGGAGGAGCGCCAUGGUCGCAAUCCCAGCGGUGAUAGCAGUGGGUGUAGCUCUGGCCAUGAGAGUGUCUCCUCUUCUCUCACGUCAGGCACUCAGAUUUCUUCUGAUUCAGGCACUGAGGUGGAUCAGCGCCCUCCUUCGCCUGAUGGUGUGUUUGAAGAGUCCACUCCAUGGGAUCGAGCUUCUCUGCGUCUUCGUAAAGCAUCUCACCGCAGCACACCAAAUCUGAGUGAUGUGGAAGGUUUAAGUUCAGGUCACUGUGUUGGAGCAUGGUCUUCCACAGGUUAUAUCAGCAUGCCUAGCAGUGAAGAAGUUGGUAGUGGUAGUGGGGAAGGAACUAGCUACUGUCGAGUUGGGCUUGAAGCUUCACCCAUGGGUCCAACAGGAGUUUCCCAAAUGCAACAAAUGCAGCUUCCACAGCCCAGCCUUGGUAAAGGGUACGUGGUUCUUCCUAGUAUCCCACCCUCUACAUCUUCUACGGGCACAUUGAGCCCACAGUUACAACAUCCCAGUGCAGCAUCAGCUCCAGUUCUGAGCCCAGUAUCUCAGCCUGCAUCCCAUGGUUAUGUUUCUCACCAGCUACCUUGGGCCAGUCCAAAAGAAAGUCCCAAUAAAGGAUAUGUUAUGGCUGGAGAACUUGGGGAUAUGGCUAAUAAGACAUCUCCAUCAUCACUCACGGGGAUGGGAAUGAGGAUGGAUGAAGACCAAAGCAUCCUGGAUGUAGAUGCUCUAGAGGGAGAAGCUCCAACACCCGAAUCAUACUGUCGAUUAGGUUUGUGUUCAGUACCACCCAUCAAUGUUACCUCGGAUGGGGAGGGCAGCAUGAUCAAACCUAGUACUGGGUAUGUUACUCUCGGAGAAGGAUCUCAUUCAUUGGAUACAGCGAGUGCAGGAAGAGAAAGUACAAGCGCUCAAGGUGCCAGAGGUGCAGGGACUUCGGGUUAUGUCCCUCACAGACACUUUGAAAAGAGGAAUACUGUUCCUCUUUCUUCUGCAUUUAAUGAACAAGCAGAUGACUCCUAUACAAAGAUGAUUCCUACUAGUUCAGGUGAAACUAAGUCACCUACAACGAAUGUGUAGUGCUGAAAUACUUUGGAAGUUUUGAUGUACAUGAUGUUUGUGUUGAUGACAGUGAAAUGUAUUCAUUUUACUCCUUGGGAAGAAUUUUAGUGUUUUCUUGACAAUUAUUUUAGGCAUGUACUUCAAGUGCAUAGCUUGUGAAGAAUCUUUUGUUUUACGUGGUGCUCUAUUCUUUGCGUCAUAGAAGUGUACUGUUGUACUUACAUCAAGAAGUUUGUGCCAUUUACCAUUGAGGUUGUAUGCCUCUUGAGUGCUGUUACUGUAAUAUAACUGUUUAAAGUAUUCUUCAGAAUGUAAUGGACUGAAUGUUGACCGUUACUUUGUUAUGAACAGAAAUUCUUCCCACCAGCUUUGACAUUGCUUGUAUAUUAAAAGUGAAUGUUGCUCAUAAUUGUUGUGCCUUUCUGCUUAUGGUGUCAUCGUUGCAUUGGUGAUGUUUGAGAUUCCUUCCUGCUUCAUGACAUUGUCCAUCUUUCAGCUCGCUCACUCUGUCCCGUCCAUGUUUUGUUUGGUUUGAAACUGCAGGGUUGGAGCCCACUUAAAACGAGCUCUUAUCAGGUUUAAUUAAGUCAACAUUGACUUCUGAACAACUUUCCAGAACUUCCAGCAUUAUGCCAUUAAAAGAAGUCUGAUAGUGUGUUAGCUGUGAAUAUUAUUAGAUGAUUUUGGAAGUGGAUGUAAUCUGUAUUCCAGUUCUCAUAUAUUGACUGAAAUAUUAAAUAUUUGUACAUUAAGGAAAGAUUUUGAUAUGCAAGCAAAAAUUUGUUUUGUAACAUGAUGAACAACGAAGUGUGGUGCAACAAUUGUAGUGUCAGAAACAUUUUUUUUGGCAUGGUGAACGUACCUGAAGUCCACAUAAAAAUGAGUGCUUUGUGGUUUAUGCAGGUGAUCUGUGCAGAAUCAAUGCAUUUUGAAGAUGUGGUUCUGCACCAGCAACAUAAACAUUUAUAAUCUUUAAGGAUCUUUUUUUAAAUUUUUUUUCCCUUCCCAAAACAAAUAUGUGCCAUUUGAAUCUUCCCAUGCACCGAAGUUUUUAAUUUCCGUUUUUAAAAGAAAUAAAAAUACCACUUAAAAAAUAUCACACAAAAAAACAACAAACUGUUCUGCUUUAGAAAGUUCUAUAGUCAUUCUGUUUUUAAAUGUAAAUCCUUUCUGUAAGGUAAACCUUCUGUGAAACAGUUGUUAUUGGUUUUCAUUUUUUCAAAGAAGAAAAUUAGGAGAGAAAAAAAAUUAUAUGGCUUCUAUGUCAACGUUUGAUACAAAAAGUAGAAACAGUGACACCUCCAUUUUCAAGCGAGUAAAUCUGGUGUCUAAAAACAAUUUUCUUUGGGGUAAGAGAGUUUUUUUAAAUGGUGAAAUCAUCUAUAAAAGUAAAAAGUAUAUUUUUAUUUUAGGUUAACUGGCUAUUUGAGAUUUUACUUCCUUUUAUAUUUCAUUGUCACUUGACCAAUGUAUAAUUAGCUUUCGAAAGCAUUUUGCAAGUAAAUCAAAUUUUCUUUGGAACAUUAUUUGUUGCGAAACGAUUGAUUAAAUUGUGCCCUACCUGAAAGUUUGGAAGCCCCUGGUGUAAAUAGCUAAAACAAAAAUAAAAAGAUGAAGAUUUGGAAAUGGUUACCAUUGGAUUUGUUUAAAAAACAAACAAAUAAAAAUAUAAAAAAACGACAACUUUCGGACUAGAUGUUUGGGUGUUAUUUGAAAGGGCUUUAGAUGUCUAGUAAUUGUUGUAAUAGAUAGUAGAAGUAUAUACGUCAUAGUGAUUUUAGUCUCAGUGAUUCUAUAAUGUUAGGCAUUACAAGAGCAGAUGUUGACAGUUUGCUUCAUGCUGAGCUUGGUGACAGAUGUGUUCAUCUUAAUGGUGAUUCAUCAGAGAAGACUUGCAGAUCACCUUGUACAAUUAAAAAUAUUUAUUGUGUAGUUACAAUUGAAUUAUACCUUAACCUAGUCUCAGUAUAUACUGUAUAAGAGACAUGAACCAUGAACUUAAAUUUGCAAACAAAAAUUUUACCAAUUGAACCUUACAGUUAGUAAAUCUGAUAGCAUUUUUCAGUUGUUUGAUCUUUUGAAUAUUAAAAUUCCAAUGUAUGCUUUCUUGUUUUCUUUAAAAAAACAAAACAAAUUUAUUUGGAUUAUAUUUCUCUGUGAAAUUAAUGCACACAUAGUUUUAUGGUGUCAUGGCAAUGCAAGAACCUUAAUUUAAAUUUAUAAACCUUAGAAUUUUUUAUUAGGGAAAGUUGAAGUGCAUGAAUUGAAACUGAAAAAUUAUUUGUGCACAAUCUGACAUGAUGACAAGCUACAAUGAUCAUAACACUGAUACCGUGGGGUAGAACUCUUCUUAUUUCCCAACGUUUGAAAGCUUUCAGAAAGGAGUUAUUCAUUAUUAAUAUCUAGUUCUUUAUAAAAUUCAUUCAAAAUUCAUAUUUUGAACUCUACAAAUGAGAAAGAAUUCACUAGUUCUUCAACUAGAAUUCUUUGAAGCUUAUAAAAAAAAAUAAGACAGUUUGCUAGAGUAGAUUUUUAUACUUUGAGUUACAUUCUGAUAUUUUUGUCAUUUAUUAAUAUUUGAAAAAAAUGAAUUUUUCCACUUCUGUGUUUUUGUUUUAUAUCCAGAGCUGGUGAAUUUCAUUUUAAGGGGUUGAUUUGAGGAGAAUUACGGUAAACAGAAGAUUUGCGUCUUUUUAAAUUACAAGAUGAAUUUUUGUUAGAAAAACUGAAAUUAGUUUCUGUGAGAAUGAAGAGGUUGUGGAUUAAAUAAUUGAAUUCAGUUUUUUUUAUAUGUACUGCUUCGUGAGAGUUAUAUUUGCAUUGUAAAAUAAGUUUUGAAAUAUGUUUAUUAGUGGUGUGAUGUAUAUUCACUGUCUUAGCAAAAUCUUUCAAGCAUUAGAAUCAGUAAACUUCCGAGGACAUUUUUCAUGUGUAAUAUUUGUUCGUCAAUGACUUUGAGUUCAUUGAAUGUUGUUACUUUCUCCUCACAAUACAAUAACUAUGCAUUCUUCGAAAUUUAUUGAAUGGCGUCAAAAAUAUAAAAAAAGGGUCAACUCGGAAUGAAGUAUGAGGCAGACUGAUUUUUAGAAAUCAGUCAAGUUACAUUUUGUAAUUAGUGUUAUACUAUAUGUGAGAAAAAUUUUAAAUGUGAGAACAUUAACAUUUUAAACUGAUAAAGAGACUUCAUUUUAUUGUUUUCAGUAAUGAAAUUUUAUAUGCAAUGGAGAAGCAUUUUGAAGUAAAAAUAUGUUGUGCUGGUUAGAUUUAUCUGUUUUUAUAUUUUGUAAAUUGGUGUCUGGAGAGAGAAACAUUUAAGGUCCUGAAGUCCUAAUUUGGGUGAACUAGAUGAAUUUUUGCUCUGCAUGUGGUGGAGUAGAAAUAUCUACCUUGCAUAUUUCACUGUGGUAAAAGAGUUCACGUUCAUUAAUUUUUGAGUAUAAAUUUAUUCCUUUUGAUUCAUGUAAUUAAUCCAAAUGCAGCUUCAAUAUUUUCCUUGUCUGCAAAGGAGCUGAGGUGUAUGGGAGGCAAUAGAGUGGUACAUUUAAUAGAGAUGUUGAAAAACUGAUGUAGUAAUGUUGUCAGUCUGAAUUUGAAUGUGAAGGAAACUACAAUUUCUCUACAUAUUUUAGCAUAUAAGCAAUACAAUUGUAUUUUAGCUUGGAUCAUAAGUGUUGUUGAUUCUCAAAUUACUUCGAAGAUGACCUAGCAAUUUUGUAAUAAAUGUGGACAUUUGUUUAAUUAUAGUAAUGUUUCUUGAAUGGAUAUUAUGAGACUAAAUUAUUAGUGAAUUCUCAUUGUUUAUUGUAAUUGUACUUUAUAAAUUGAAAAGUUCUGAUUAUACACUUUAGUUUCAAAUAUCCAGAAAUGUGUAUGUAUUGCUGUGACUAUAUGAAAUGCAUGUGCUAUUGUGAAUAUUGAAAAGCUAGGAUAGUUUUAAUUACUCCAUGAUAUGGUGUGAAUUCUUGUGCAAAAAUUUAAAAGAAUGACAGAAAUAUUUAUCAAAUUUCAAUGAAAUUGUAACAUGACCUGAAAGACAGAAUAAUAAAGAUCCUGAUACAGGUGGAGAGAACUGCAUUGUAUCAUGUGAUCCUGAUAUCAAAUUGACUUGACCUUCCAUUAUUACAUAUUGCACUUUUCUACACCCUAGUCAUGCCUAUCAUGACAUUUAUGUAAUUAGACAUGUAGUCUUGUUAAAAGUGUAUAGGUCCUUCUCUGUAAAAUACAGUCUUGAUACAGGUCAUUGCAGCUGUUUUCACUUGUAUCACCACUAUCUUUAUUAUUAGUAUUAAUUUACAGUGUUUUGCAAUAUUACCUUUAUCACUUAUGUCACCUUAAAUGUUCAUGGCCAAAUUCAAAACUGUAAAUAUUAAUAAUCUGCAAAAUUAGAUCAUGGCACCAAAAUAUUUAUCAUGUAACUGAAAAAGGCAAAUUACUAAAUUAUUAAUUAAUUUCAUUAUCAAUUCAUGCUAUAUUUACCUUUCAUAUAUAUUUUUUCCAAAGUUAUCAGUUCAACAUUUUCAUAAUUCCUGUUCUUCUUCCUUUGAUAUGUCUGCUCCUCUCCAUAAAUGAAUGCUGAAAACAUGAUUUUUUCAUAAAAUUAUGUAAAAAAUGUGACUUUACUUUUUUUUCAAAAAAAUAUUUAUUAGGAAAUCUCAGAAGUGAACUACUUUUUCAUGUGUAAUGUAAUUUUGCAAUUAUUCUUGUUUAAUAUUUUACUGGAUUGUGAUUUCUGAAGAGAAAUUUAAAAACACGAAUGUCUACAUUUAAUUUUUUUUUUUAUAUUUAGAUAAAAUUAAAUGAGAAUUUACUUGUAAGAAGGAGAACUAAAUUAAGUCCAAAAUUGCAGCAACGGGAGAAGUAUGCUGAGAAAGCUUCAGAUAAUUUUGCAUGAGGAGUGAAGCACAUAAUUUUUGGACUUCCUGACUUAUAAACUGUAAUUCUUAAAAGUGACUAUUUUGCCACGUUAAAAAAUGGAUUAUGUACAUUCCCAAUUGCUACAUUAUUUCAAGAUCAUGCAUUUCAUUUUAUAUCCAAAUAGUAUGUCAAAGAUGGACUUUUGAAGUAGUACGCAUUCAAGGAUUCAAUUGGUAUUAUUAUAUCAGGAAACCUUUGUUAACACAAAAUAAUCAGUGUUCGUGUUAUUAUUUAUAACUACCAAUAUAUUUCCUUCAUAUGACCCAAAUUUUGUUUGUGUUAUAAAAUGAAUAUUGAAUGUAAAAAAUAUGAAAUGUAAAAUUUGGGUUCAGCGAGUACUUGCUAACGAGAGUUUACUUCAAUUGAUUUUAACAGCUACACUGUUAUUCUUGUUAAUUGAGUUUGGAACGAAUUCAUUAAUCAGUGAGUAGUGUAUUAUAUGAACUGAUUUGUAAGUUAAUAUCAAAGUGUCAUUUGAAUGAAGUGCUUUUACAAUUUUAAUGAAGUUCAAAUCUCUUUGAGGUCCAAUGAUCAGUCCACCUUGCAGUUUAUUUUUUAGUGAACACUUUAAUGACUCUUUUAGAUCAAAUUGUGGUACCUUUAUCAUAAUAUAUGGACAGCCUGUUAAUCAGUAUUGAUAAUUAGUUCAUCAUUACUCUUGCUGGACAGUUAAUAUUAUUGCAGCAUUGUUAUACAUUUGGCCUCUGUAAAAAUUCAAGUAGUAAAAUUGAUAUUAAUGAUUUUCUUGCAACAUUAACUAGCAUAUAAACAAUAAAUUCUUGUUAGAUAAAUGAACAACAUAUUUAUUUCCAGUGUUAAUACAAAGCAUAUUAUGAAAUUUCGAUAUAUAUAUUUAUAUAUAUAUUACUUGCAUCAAAUUGCAUUUAAUGUUUGUUGUCUAUUUUAUAUUACUGGUGUUGAGACUGUCAGUGUAGAGUUUGCAGAUGGUCACUAUUUGGAAAUUUCAGCCAAUGGUUUUCAAAAUUUUAGACUUUUGGUAUUAUCAAAUAACUUCGAUUAAACAUGUUAUAUUCUUGGAUGUAACCUAUACAUUAAUAAUUUAUGUGAAUGCAAUGUAAUUGUCAUAAUGUUGAAAAAGGUUGGAUCAUGGAGAUAAUAGAUGAACUAGUUACUAAGAUUGCCUAAUUCUGAGAAGAGCUAACAGGCACUGGUCUAUUUUUGUAAUACCUUACCUUCUCCAUCUGGAAAGACUGAGAAUGAAGUGCGAUGUAAUAUCUGAUAGGAAAUUCAUUGUCUUUAUUGGGUGAAAGUACAGAGUGCUGACAUUAGAGUUACUAAAUAGUCUUCAAGUAGUGUAGUAAGCAAUGAAAAAAAUUAUGCCAUUAAUGCUGAAAUAAAUAAUCACACGAUAAAGCCUGUAAAACUUUGGGAGGACCUUUUUUGUUUAUGUUAAGAAAAUAUUAUAUAUUUGCUAUAUGAGAAUCAAAGAAGAAAGUCAUAAUAUUUAAUUUAAGAAACAUAAUUUCAAGACCCAAAGUUUCUGAUUAAGCAUAAUUAAUAUCUGGUAGAAUCUGGGGCUGAAUAAAUUGGUGAGAGUUUGAAAACUUGUAGCUCUUUUUUAUAUUGCUUAAAUAUCAGACAUGAGUGGUAAAUAUGUCAUUAUUGGACAUUGAUGAUGACUAAAACUGACCCAAAAUAUACGAAAGGGAAUACAAUUUUAGUUAAAAGGACACUGAUAAUUUCAUUUGUUUCCUACCGUAACCAGUUGUGAAUAGUUCCUUUAUGUAAACAUACCUUUGUAUUUUUCUUAUAAUUAUUGCCAUGUUUUCAUUUUUUACUUCAUAAUUUUUGAUAAAAUGAUAUUUGUUAAUUCUUAUCCAAAUCAGUAAAAAGUUAACAAAAGAUCUAGUCUUUGUUAAAAUAUGUUGUCUAUUGUGCUCUGUAAUUGGGUCGGUUUAUGGAAGUACACAGGCAUCUUCAAUAAUAUUAAUUGGUUGAUAGUUUACUGAACAUAUGAAAGUGUGCUCCUAUUGCCAGAAACUUACAGCAAUAUAUUUUUGUGAAUGUGCAAUUGUGAUGAAAACGCAAAAUUUAGAAUGUAGUUCUACUGACGAUAGUGUAUGUACAAAAAAAGGUUUGUACUUGAAAAAAUGUUUUAGUUUGCAUGUCACCUAUCAUUUUAUUAAUAUUGUUUAAACUUAUAAAAAUUGAUGAUAUGAGUGACAAAAUGUGAAGCUUGUCAAUUUUCUGUCAUUCUGUCACCAAUCUCAAUAUUGAGCUAUUUUUUUGCGUUGUUACCUCAAAAUAUUUUUUUCAGACAUUUCUGAGUGUAAUAUAAUUAAUUAUAUAGGCAGCUUGUGUGAGAUUUCCUUGGUUUGUAAAAAAUUAAAACAAAAAUUAAGAUAACUGGGGCCCAAAUAAUGUAUUGUAAUAUUCUGUGGUGCAUGUGAAUAUUUGUUCAAUGUAACAAAAAAUGAAGUUGUCUCAGAUUUCUCAGCUUUGCUGCGAUCUGUGUAAAUUUCAGCAGUUUUAUAGCGUCUUGCAAUAGCAAGAAGAAGAAAAAUCAGAUCACAUAGUAUCAAAUAAUACUCAUUUUGUCGCUAUCAGGAGAAACUAGGUGGUGUUAUUUGUAUGUACUAAUUGCACUAUAGAUUUCAAUUAUCUUCUUUGUAAUUAAGUGUUUUCCUUAUAAUGUCUUUGAAACCCUAUUCCAAAUAGACAGUUUGAAAGUAUUUAUUGUCAAUAAAAUGGUCUGCAGGUGUAACAAUGAAAAUAUAUGUGUGUUUCAUUUGAUUUAUGACGAAUUCCAGUAGUGUUGUUACUGAUGUAAUGUUCUAUUUUUGUUUAUUUUAACCUAAUCUAUGAAAUGUCUAAUAGUGAAGCAAAAUCAAAAUUUUUGUGAAGCAAGACUUGGGUCUUUGCUGCUAAGUCAUUGUAACCAAGUAAAAUUGGUUGAAGAUUCAUCUGAUGUGUAAAUGUGUAAGAGUACAAAUGUGACCUUGAGUGGUAUAAAACAUGCCCUUGUGACCAAUACAUUUUUCAAUGAAAUUGUUAAUAAUUUAAACUGUUUUUUGCUGUAUACUUGAUUACAAAUGCAGAAUUACAUAAUCCAAUUGUUGACUCUAAUUAAUGUAAUAUCUGUGUUGUUACUGUUUGUGCAAGAAUUAAGUGUAUUUGUUCUUAAGCAAGCCAAUUACUUGUACUCAUUUCUUUGUUGUUUUUGUGAUAUUUAUGUAAGUUAAAUUUGUAUAUCUUUUGUUUUUGAAACUUAAGGCAACAUCUCUGCAAGAUCUUAGAAAUAGGUAGUAUACAUAACUUAGAAAAUGUUGAGAGUAUGACAAGCUCUUGAAUCCUUUUCUGAAAUUUAUAAAUAAUGUAAUUACAUUAUUUAACUUUUUUGUUUCUUUUCCUUGUAAAUUAAAUCAAAUAUCUUGCAGAGGUUUGCAAUAUAUGUGUUCAAUGACUGGGUUUGACUGUGUGUGUAUAUAUAUAUAUGAACCCCUGUGUACAGUUUAUAGAUGGAAGAAAAAUAAAAUAUGUAAAUUCACGGACGCAAAA